AGGUACGGCGCGCGCAUUUCGCUUCGUUCCAAGCGUAGGAUUGGCUACACACCAGCAUAAAUGUAGAGACGGAGAGAGGUUGGUACAACAUUAGGCCAAGUAGCCGCCUUCCCCACAAGCGCACGCUAAAGGAAAUUAAAGAUGCAGACCUGGACUAACACAAUGGAAUGCAAGUAUCUGAAUUAUCACGGACUGCCACUUCCAAGACUUGCGCACUCUGAAGAUAGUUUGAAAUAUUUCGAGAAUUUUCAGGUCAACGAUGACGAUGUCUUCGCCAUCACUUAUCCAAAAUCGGGCACCACAUGGAUGCAGGAGAUUCUGCCCUUGAUCCUCAACGGAGGUGACUUCACCCCAGUGCAGACCAUCCCAAACUGGGACAGAGUUCCCUGGCUGGAGGAAACACGUGCUGCUCUGGUCAUGGAUAAAAUUACUCCACCAAGAGUGAUGGUGUCACACAUGCCUUACAACCUCAUGCCUCCCUCUUUCUUCUCGUCCAAAGCCAAGGUUAUAUAUGUGGCGCGCAACCCCAAAGACGUGAUGGUGUCAUCAUUCUUUUUCCAUCAAAUGGCCACUUUCCUCGAUGAUCCUGGCACUUUUGAAGAGUUUAUUGAUAAAUUUCUGGCAGGGCAAGUGUUAUUUGGGAAGUGGACAAAUCAUGUGAGGAGCUGGAGAAACACAGAUCUGGGCAAUAGAAUUCUGUACGUCACCUAUGAGGAGAUGGUUGAGGUAAGACACAAGGACCUGAAAGGAGUUGUUAGACGCUUUGCUGAUUUCCUUGGUCAAAAGAUGAGUGAGGAGAUCCUGGACAAUGUGGUCAGUCAUUGCACUUUCAACACAAUGAAGACCAACGCUAUGUCCAACUACUCACUGGUGCCACAACAGGUUUUGGACAAUUCAAAGUCAGCUUUCCUUCGCAAAGGCAUUUCAGGAGACUGGAAAAACCAUUUCAGUCCUGAGCACAAAAAGAAAUUCACCGCUGUCAUUCAAGAGGAGAUGAAGGGAAGUAACAUUCAGUUUCCCUGGGAUGACGACCAGCUUGAAGCUGUAUGACAAGGCUCCUGUAAAUGUUGCUCUCUUUCUAAACUGUGUAUGGGUAGGGUCCGCUACAUAUAGGCUACAGUAAGAGAGUUAUGAUAUGCCUUAAUGUUACAUUGGAGAGAACUGGGAAAAAAAACCCUGCUCACCGUCUAUUUCACUUGUAAUAUUCAUAUGAAAAAAGGUCUCGUUUUGUGGACUUCCGCCAGUUUAUGUGGCCGUUUAGUCUAUAUGAACCAUAUGUAAUUCAUAGUAAAUUAAUAUUGAAAUAAACAGUAUGCAGGAGGUUUUUUUCAGCUCUAUUAGUCCUCUAACUAGUACUUGUCCACUCAAGAGAAGUGCAAACUCUUUUUUCUUGAACAUGGAAGGGAACUGAAAAUGUUCAUGUAGAAAUGUAGAAUUAAAAUAAAGAACACAACAUACCUCAAAUACAAAUGCCCCAUAUGAAAUAAUAAGAUAUGUAUUUAUAUCUUCAUAUUCUUUAUGUUCAUUUGAGAUGCCAUGACCCUUACAUUUCUUUGAAGGAUCUCCCUAUUUGCAAAGUGGGUAGGCCAUACUCAAACAACCUAGGGAAAGGUUACCUCCUAACUGUCCUGAAGGCCUGAUGAUAGCCAAAAUGGAUAGCCAAGCUGGUCCGUUCUUAUUACAAAAGUCAUUUUCAACAGAUCCUCUUUUUUCAACAUCCACAUUGUGAGAGAUUCUGUUGCAACUAAAUCUUUGCAACUCUUCAUUCACUUGGCGUUAAUAGGCUAGUCUUUAUCAGGAUAUUAUUACAUUGUUAACCUUUUCUCUUAAUCUUGAAUUGUGAUCAAUUAUUCAUUAGCGUCUGAUACAAGUACGCGAUCUUUACAAUGAUACAAGGAUACAAGGAUGUUUAUUUGUCACAUAUUGCUUAUUCUGUGCGAGUUUGAGAAAAAAAUAGAUCAAGAAAUAUUAAGAAAUAUUUAAUAACUAGCAAGAGAGAGUAUAAAGUGCAAAGUGAAGUUAAUUUGGUCGUGUGCUUGUUCAGAAUAUGGAUGGCUUGAGGAAAGAAGCUCCUCCUCAGUCUCUCUUUUUUUUUUGUUCCUUGUAGGUAUCCUGCAGGGUUAGGAGAGGUGCUCUGUGCAUUUUGCAGAUCUUUACAGAAGUCAAAAGUAAUUUCUAUAGAUAUCAUAUCCUACCUGUAAACUAAUUCUUAAAAGUCUGUGAAAUAGCCUAUACUGAAACCAUGUUUAUCUGUUACUUUUGCAUUUUGGUGUAUUUCCAUUUUAUGGUGGUAUUUGUCAUAUACAUCUUAUUUCAUUCAUCUUUGUUGAUAUUCACCUUUGUUUAUCUUUUAAAAUUAUGUUUUUAUUCA